GUGUAUAUACUUAUUCCUUGCAGAUAACUGUUAUCAUGGCUUUAAAAUUUGCCAGUAAUCUGUCUUUUAUGUUUACUGAGGUUCCUAAUAUUAUUGACAGAUAUCAAUUGGCUAAGCAAGCUGGAUUUAAAGCAGUUGAAAGUGGAUUUCCAUUUGGCUUCUCUGUUCAGCAAGUUGCCAUAGCUAAAAAGAAGGCUAAUGUUGAUCAAGUACUUUUGAAUGUAUUCACAGGUGAUGUUACAAAAGGAGAAAUAGGCUUUGCUGCUAUUCCAGGUGAAGAAGAAAAUUUCAAAAAAAGUAUCGAGAAAACAAUAGAAUAUGCAAAUGCUUUGAACUGUAAAAUAAUUCAUGUAAUGUCAGGAAAAGUGGAGGCUCCUACUACUGCUAAUGAUAUGGUUUAUGAAAAAAAUCUAUUGUAUGCUAUUGAAAAGUGUCAAAAAGAAGACAUUGUUGUUGUCAUUGAACCAAUUAAUAAUUAUAGUGUACCAAAUUACUACAUGAACAAUUUUCAAAAAGGUUUAGAUUUGGUGAAAAAAAUAAACAAUGCACACUUCAAGUUGUUGAUGGAUAUCUUUCAUUUACAACAUUGUUGUGGUAAUAUUACAAAAUGUAUUCAAGAUUUUUUACCUUAUAUAGGUUAG